AUGGGUAAACCACCUACAACUAUUAGUAAAGUAAAAGCUUCAUUUGCAAAUUGUAAAAUAACAGUCUCAAAAGACACUCUUAAUGGAGAAGUAGUUGUUUCUGCCAUUCUUGAAAGUAUAUUAUUUUUUAAAAUAACCUGUUUACCAAUUAUUGGAUAUUGUUUACAUAUAUCAAAUUGUUAUGUUUCAUCAAGUGAUACAUUAUCAUAUAAGGUAAUUGACACAAAUGGAUGUUCUGUUGAAAAAGAUUUAUUUGAUGAUGUUGUAUAUUUGGAUGAUUAUAUUGGUUAUAUUAGAAAUCCCGUUCCUGUAAAAUUUAGAAAUUCAAAUGACACAAUAACUUUAUCAUGUGAUACAAAAAUGAGAUUAAAAGAUAAAUUUAGAACUUGCCAAAAUGUUACAUGUUAA